CCCGGUGUAGUUGGGGGCCAAUCGUGACGUCUAAUAGAAGUAGUUAGAACUAGUUAGAAGAUUAAAGUUACCAAAAGGGCAGGCAAACGAGACGCCCUUGUGGUGAUCACCUGUCUGAAAAGUUCCGUCGGGACGCUGCACACCUACAUGGCGGAGUUGAAAGUGUUCUAGCCGCAGGUGAGGCAGCUACAGGUGUUUCCCGUUCGCUCCACGCCUCCCGGAAGUAACACGAGAAAAAUAAAACAAUACCGCCGUACCUGAACCCAUGGCUGCCGUAGAAGUCCCCCCGUAUGACGUCCACCUGCCGUACGAAGGCGAGGCGUGCGGAGAGUUCAUGUCCAGCAGGCUGAUGGACCCUCUGGCUGCAGCCGGGUACAGGACCUACACAACCAAGUACUACCUACCCGGACAGCCUCUGUUGGAUGAGUUCAUCAAGGGUGUACAGCAGAGCAGAGUCACGGUCCUGCCGCUGUGUCAGACCUUCAUGGCUUCUCAGUACUACUGGUACGUGGAAAACAGCAUCCACGACCGCAGCGUCAUCAGAGAAGGCUCCGUCAUCUUCGUCAGGAUGGAGGAGGACUGCUCUCUGUCUCAGAAACUCAAGCCGUUCGGGUUUCUGGACUUCACCACGGACGCUGCGUAUGAGGAGGCGUACCCACGACUUCUACGCACGCUAGGUCCUCCAUCCUCAGCCCCCCAAAUGCAACAGCACCCAACGACUCGCGCUGACGAAAUUUACGACGACGACACUUACGACGACGUCUUCGUCAACAACGACGUUGACGAAGACCAGCAAAUGCCGAGAAGUAAUUUCGUCCACGCCACGCACCGGACCUUUGACGCCAUGGGCCCGCAGAUCCACACCGACUUGGUGGAGCCAGAAAAGGCAUUGCUGUCGGCAUGCAAAGAGUUCGAAUGGUCCGAGUGGUCCCUGAAGGCGUUCUGUCAGGACCCGGACAGCUACAUCCAGCGGGUACAGAAGAUCACUCCGCCGCUGAGAGAUGACGUGGAAAAGGUCCUGCUCCUGGCCAUCCUGCCCCAGCAGCAGACCCACCGAGGCAGCUGCAUCACCCUGGCGAAGCUCAGCUGCUGCGGGCUGCCCAGGGUGGAGGGUCAGGCGCUGGAGGCGCUCCUGACUGUCAUUCAUCAGAACAUAUUAAAUCAAGGCACAGACUACGCCGAGUCUGGCGGUCUCAGUGACGUCACGAAGGAGGUGCUGUACGUCCUGUCCAAUAGGGACGCCCUGAGACAGUGGACGCGCGGGACCACCCUGCUGCGGAUCCAGGUGUGCUGCGUCUUGCUCAUCUGCCUGCACGUUUCAUACGUCAACGGCGACGUCGGGCUGGAGUUUUCUGCGGAAGAACUGAAGAAAACUCAGAACGUAAUCAAGCACAAGAUUGAAACCUUCGAUGCGACAGAUCUGAGGUUCAGGUAA